AUGUCACAAUUUAGGUAUUGCUUUUUUGCCGCUGUGAUAUGUAGCUUAUGUGUUUUAGGUAAUGGCGAUGUCUCUGCGCCACCGACGAAGAUUAUAGAUCUGCCUAUUUCGGCUAGUACAACAUUAUCUGAGGCUGGAAUAUCUGAAGUGACGCAAUCAUCAGUCUCCUCUUCAGAGUCCGUCCCUUCCGUACCUAGCACGGAAGCCCAGCCGUCACCAAGUCCCGAUCCCAAAAAUACCACAACCACAAGUACAACUACCACAACAACAACCACCACCGCCAAACCCUCUCCAGCACCUACCCCAGACCCCAAGCCAUUACCGCCACCAGAAGCAGGAAAAUGGGCGUUCAAGGACAAUGUGACCAAUGUAACCUGCGUUCUCAUUCAGUUUGCUGCACAGCUGAAUGUCACCUAUACAAAGGAUAAUAGCAACACCACAGACCAUUUCCAAUUGAAUCUGCCAAAGAACGCUAUGAUCGUGGACGGCAGCUGCGGCAACGGCACCCAGUCCAUCAAGCUGAGCUGGCCGGCCAACGAGAACAGCACCAACAGCAUGCUGCUCGUCUUUCAGAGUAAUGAGACCACCAAGUGGUACGAGCUGAAGAGCAUCAACGUCACUCUCGCGCCGGAAGUUUUUAUCGACGCAACUCUUAAGGAGCCCGUAGAAUUGUGGCACGGAGUGGAGUGGCGCAGCCCCCUGGCCACGUCAUACCGUUGCACGCCCCCCACGCACCUCAACAUGACGGCUGAGGCCACCAGCGUCGUCGCCAAGCUCACGCUUAGCCAACUGCAGGAGGAGGCCUUUAGGACCGCCAAAGACGAACUCUUCAGUUCUGCCCGCGAGUGCGGCGGUGGUGACAUCCCCGACGCAGUGCCCAUAGCCGUCGGGUGCGCCCUCGGAGGUCUGACUGGAUCUUUGAUCGUGCGCGGGAGUGUCGGCAUAGAAAAGAAAUCAAUAUAA